AUGAGGAUCACACGUUACAGCAGCAGCGGAGCAUUUACCAGACACACAGAGAAGAUGCAAAUCUUUAUGAUUUUAAGCACAAAUGCUCAUGUCAUGGAUGGCUGGGGAGAGACCAUGGGAAUUUAACUGCAAGUAAAGUUGCUCCCUGCUGAGAUAACAGAGGACACAUUAAAAGGACAUAGGACUAAAGAGUUAAUUUGUUGCUGAAGCUUCAGAAAACACCUGGAGAACACCCACUGGAAAUGCUUUGUGUGUCUCACAUUCAGAAGACAUUUUCAACCAUCUCAAGACCACAGCAUGUCAUUUCAUGAAGAACCUCAAGGGAGAAUGGCCCUGACGACUAAUGUCCCUACAGCCUUCAAGAUUAACUUCAGCAGCCCCAUUAAUGCCACUUGGGAUGCCCCCAUUGCCUCUGGCUACAUGGAGGACAUGAUAGCUACAUGCACUAUUGGGGCGAUCUUGUCUCUCAUGUGCGUGGUAGGGGUGGCAGGGAACAUGUACACCUUGGUAGUCAUGUGCCAGUCCAUGCGAACUUCAGCUUCAAUGUAUAUUUACAUCAUCAACCUGGCCCUAGCAGAUCUACUUUACCUUCUCACCAUCCCCUUCAUAGUGGGCACCUACUUCAUCCAAGAGUGGUACUUUGGAGACAUUGGUUGUCGUAUCCUCUUCAGCUUGGACUUCCUGACUAUGCACGCCAGCAUUUUCACUCUCACUAUCAUGAGCACUGAGCGUUACUUUGCUGUGUUAAAACCUCUGGACACAGUCAAGAGGUCCAAAAGCUACAGGAAAUGUAUAGCCAUCAUUGUCUGGUUGGUAUCACUCUUCAUAACCUUGCCAAUGCUUAUCAUGAUCAAACUGGUGAACAAAGACAAUAAAAGCAUCUGUCUCCCUACAUGGAGCAAGACAUCUUACAAAAUUUAUCUCACUGUGCUUUUUUGCACGAGUAUAGUGGGUCCUGGUCUUAUAAUCGGCUACCUCUAUAUCAGGCUGGCUAAAACCUACUGGGUUUCUCAAACAGCCUCCUUUAAACAGACCAAACGGCUGCCCAACCAGAAGGUCCUCUAUCUUAUCUUCACCAUUGUCUUGGUCUUCUGGGCAUGCUUUUUACCCUUUUGGAUCUGGCAGCUACUCAUUCAAUUCUAUGAGUCCCUACCUGUCUCUCAAAAAGCUGCCCGAAAUAUAAACUACAUAACCACUUGCCUGACCUAUAGUAACAGCUGCAUUAACCCCUUCUUGUAUACUCUGCUAACCAAGAACUACAGGGAGUAUUUGAGGAAUAGACAAAGGUCCUGGAACAAUAGCAGUUAUUUCAGGAACCGUUUUCAGAGGAUAUCUGGAAGGUCCAUGUCCACUAGCAGUCAACAGUGCACAGAAACCUUUGUCCUGGCUCAGUGUCCGGGGGGUAAUAAUAGCUCCUGAGACUACCUGUACAGGAUGCAUUGACAAUAUCUCUUAUUUAUACGUCCUCCACAAUACAUAAAUGCAUAAAUUAUGCAUUGUCCCAAAUUUGUGGCCAUAUGUGUCUGUGUGCUUAAGAAUGUGUUUUUGCUGCUGCAUGGAGUUGUACUGAAUAUUGUGACUUUAUCCAGGAGUUUUACAUGUGAUGUUGCUGUCUCACAUUCUUGCUGUAGAUUUUGAAAACCAGAAGCUCCAAUGACUUCUUCACACAGCACAUAUACAAAAACAUACAAACAUAUACAUAUGCUGUAGCUUGAAUACCCUAACAUCAUCCAGUAAAGAUGUGGCCUGCUAAUGAUUGGUGAGAGUCUUCCAUAUCUUGUACAAUACAUUUUAAGAAGAUACAGAAAAUAGCCAUUAUUAACUGUUUAGACACAGUGCCCUUUCUGACAAUCAAGUGCUUAAUAUACAAUACAUUCAUUAUAUAUUUAAUUUCUUAGCAAAGUGAAUUAGGUAUAUAUAUUUUUAAAAUAGCCAACUCUUUAAUAUAGUGUAGUCAAAUUUUGUAACAUUUUGCUACUUUCAUCGCUGGAUAUAUUUGCGGUAAAGUGCAUAACACAAAGGUCUAUGCAAAUCCAGAUCUUUGUGUGUUGCAUUAUAUAUCGGGUACUGAAAAUAAUCGAAUAUUGCUACCCACAGCCAUAUUUGGAAUUCGUCUGACAAACGAAUAUCCAAAUAACAAAUUUUGCACAUACCUAAUAUUUUCUAUAAAACACCUUGACAAACCUUUGAACCAGGGAUCUAUGACUACAUUUUUGGAAUAUUCUGCACGUGAUGUGUAUAUAUAAAUAAAUUCUUCCCCAGUUCCUAAUGAAAUAUGCGUUUUGGUCGAAAAUAUUACCUUUGGUUCCUAAAUUUCACAGUAAUUUGUCAACCCCUGUUCUACAAUGCAAGUGAGUGUUGAGCAGUCGUAAAAGAAGAAAUGAAGAAAGAAAAAAUCAGGUCUGUUUUAUUCCUUUGACUGUGUAGAGAAAGGUAGUGCCAUAAAAAUAUAUCUGGUAAUCCAGACUGAUGAUUACUUCAGUUUGCAAUAUUUACCAAUGGAGGAGAAAUGGCUUGCCUUGUAUUUAUUUAUCAAGCAGUGAGAAGCAAGCUUCAGAAUGAUUAGCAAAUUAGUUUUUUAUCACAGGAAAAAACAAACAAAACAAAAACUAAACAAAAAUUCUUUAAACUUACAGGUUCAGCCAUAACACUUUGGGGACUUUGUGCAAAUAAACUGUUUAUACCAUUUACCUACGAGCUUUCUCUGGCAUCAGAUACAAUAUAUUUAGUUAUUAUCCUAAAUCCUGUAAAUACUCAGUAUUGCUGCUAUAUACUCAUGUGUCCUAUGAACAGUAUUGAAGUGUGCCGACUUCCAUGUGCUAUGCAUAAAUGCCCCCUAGUAUUAAAGGGACGUUAAACACUGAGUUUGUUAUUCUAAUAGUUAAUUUAUAACUGACACUGUCUUCAGCAGAGGAGAUAAGAUAAAACAAGAAGCUUUUAAACCUAAAUAAUUUAAUUUAAAAUAAAUAUAUAUGUAUAUUAAUCUCAGACUAAUCUUUGGUUUGAAUAUCACAUUUGUUAGGAAAAUUUUAUUUAGUUGUCUGUUUUUACAAAGUUCACUAAUAUGGGUAUUUUUGUAGCUAAAUAAUUUAUUAAGCUUUUUUAAAAGAUUGUGAUCAGAGGAUCAGUUAAACAAAAAUGAUACUCUCUAAUGAAUUAGAACGUCAUCUUUCAUUGAUAUCACAUAUUCAGUAAGAUCCCAGUCUACCAGUUCUAUAUUAUUUGUAGCUGAUUCACUAAUACUUUAAUGAGCUAGUUUCAUAGGCUGUAUGAAGAGCGUUCUAUUAAUCACUGGCGAAUCUUGAUGACUGUCAGAAAAUAAUAUCCCUUUUAUAUUUUGUUUCCUAUGCAGAUGAAAAUGUUGAUGAUGUAUCUGCUGAGUACCCAGUCUUUCUACACAGUAUAUAUCUAGUGCAGGUUUAACUACACACAAUACCAGUAUUAAACUGACAAUCAAAAGAGAGUAUAGAAUUAGGCUUAUUAAAGGGAUAUAUUAGUCAAACAUUUCAUAUUAUAGAUAUGAAAGAGAAGCUGUUAAAGAUGUAAAAUUUAUUUUGUUGUGUAAAUAAAAGGUUAAGUAAACGCUGCUUAACUUUAAAGGAA